AUGAUUUCUAAGUCUCCCCAAUUUGAAGUCCACGCUCUCUCCCACUCCCCACGCGCUUACCUCCCCAAUCACUUUCCCCGUUUCCCCGUAUAUUCAUGGGUCGUCGUUGCCAAAAGUCUCAAUCUUCACCCACAACCCGUUCUCAGCUCCCCCUUUUUCUCUCUUCUCUCCAACGCCAUGAAAGAACCUGCAGAUGAACAGCCCAUCAAGCUCAAUCCCCACCUCGCAGACAUUCAACAGCUCCUCCACUCCCUAUUGGAAUCCGCUUCCCAUGUCCAAAUCUUGAAGUCCAAAUGGUCGCUCAUAAUCAAUAAGCUCUCCACUCUACAGGCCCGCCUCUCGGACCUCUCCAUUCCUUCCGCCGGAGAUAAUCCACUCUCCUGCGAGCUUCUCCGCUCCGUCUCCUCCACCUUCGCCUCCGCCUCGUCCCUCGCCGCCGUCUGCCGCUCGCCCACUCCACCGGGGGGCAAGCUCAGGACCCAGAACGAGGUCGACUCCCUAUCCGCCAAGCUCGAUGCCCACAUCAACGACCUCGAGGUGCUCGCGAAGAGCGGCGCCCUGUCGGAGCCGAACGCUGCCGUUUCGUCCGGAAUAUUCCCAGCCAGUAGAAGGGAAUCGGUUCGGGCCGAGGCCCGGAAUCUGAUGACCCGGCUUCAGAUCGGGUCUAACGAGCCGAGGAGCUUAGCCCUCGAUUCGCUCCUGGGGCUGCUGCAGGAAGAUGAUAAACACGUUAUUAUCGCGGUGGCUCAGGGAUUGGUCCCCGUCCUCGUGCACCUACUGGAUUCCAGCCCUUCAUCUGAAAUCAAAGAGAAAACAGUCACGGCGGUCGCUAAAAUCUCCACCGUUGACUCCAGCAAGCACGUCCUGCUGGCCGAGGGUUUGGGUCUGCUGAAUAAUUUGCUGCGGGUGCUCGAGUCCGGAAGCGUGUUCGCAAAAGAAAAAUCGUGUGUUGCCCUAACAGUCUUGAGUAAUUCCAAGGAAAACGCGAGAGCAAUCGCGUCCAGAGGUGGGAUUUCGUCCCUGUUAGAAGUUUGUCAGGUCGGGACCCCGAAUUCGCAGGCCCUUGCAGCUGGGGUCUUGCAGAACUUAGCGGCGUUUGAAGAAAUUAAGGACAGUUUUAUCGAGGAGAACGCGGUUUCGAUUCUGCUGGGGUUAUGCGAUUCAGGUACUCUAUUGGCGCAAGAAAAUUCGAUUGGGUGCUUGUGCAAUUUGGUAUCUGGGAAUGAUAAUUUGAAGCUGUUAGUUGCUAGGGAAGGGAUAAUUGAGAAUCUAAAGAAUUUGGCAGAUUCUGCUUCUACAGCUCAGAAUCUUGAAGUUGUUGCACGAAUGGUGAGCACGUUAGCUUCUUGCCCGAACAUUGCAGAAUCUCUCGUGGCGAAUGGUUUUGUUGAUCGUGUGCUCAACAUGUUGAGUUCCGGGGUUUUAGGAGUGAGGAUUGCAGCUGCUAAUGCACUGUGUGAUUUGGGUUACAAUAACAAGAUCAAAAAGGAAUUGGGUGAGAUAGGCUGCAUUCGGCUUCUGGUGGGCAUGCUGGACGGUAAGGCGACCGAGGAGAAAGAGGCUGCUGCGAAAGUUCUAUCGAUGCUUAUGAAUUUUAUUGGGAACAGGAGGAUUUUCAGGAAGGUGGAAAAGGGAAUAGUUAGCGUUGUGCAAUUGUUGGAUCCUUUGGUGAAAAAUUUGGAUAAAAAGUAUCUCGUGUCGAUAUUAGCUUCCCUCAUGAAUUCGAAGAAAUGUCGAAAGCAAAUGGUGGCAGCUGGCGCGUGCGUUUAUUUGCCGAAGCUUGUAGAGUCGGAUGUAGAAGGUGCAAAGAAGCUUCUUGAUGGCCUCGAGCGGGGGAAGCUAUGGGGAGUCUUUGGUAGGGCAUUGAGUUGA